UGUUGGCAGGAUCAAGGACCUGAACUAAAGAUUCGGUGCUAGCUGAAGACAUUCGUAGUGUUACUGUUUUGGAGAUCAGCUCUCAGUACUUGCUUUGCAGAGAGUGUUUAUGAAUAAGCAGGCUACUUUAAGUAAACGAUCGGGCCGCGAUUAUCCGAUUCCAGCCGUCUUUGGAAAAUCAGUCAAACGCAGUGGGAAAUUACUAAACUGUGUAUUACUGUAACGUGAUCUGAAGGAGAAGUGUGAGGUUACCAACUUGCUUGGAGCUACAUUAGUACCCUGGAAGACGGCAUAGACAUUCCAUUGUCAGCCAGCAACCAUGGCCGAACAAUCUGGUGACCCAGGUGAAUCAAGUAAAGUAGAGGAUGCACAGCAGCAGUCCAUGUCCGCAGAAGCAAAGGCUGUGGCUGAUGGAGCUAGCAGCAGUGAGGACAGUGGGACUGGUAAUCACGAUGAUGUUGAAGGUGACUCCGAUGAUAUAGACGAUGAUGAUGACGAUGACGAUAGUGAUUACGAUGCCAUUGGUGAUGACGAGAAGUUGAUAGAGUGGUCGCACAGCAUUGGUCUGACAAGAGAGCAACUUGGUGGCGCUAGCCAGCAGUCAGCUAACAUGCAAGGAAAGAUCUCAGCGAUUCACUCAUCGAACGAGAAGGGAAAAAAGAAGACUAAGGACAAGGCUGACCGCGCUACAGUCGAGCAGGUGUUAGACCCGCGCACUGUCCAAAUACUUCAUCGACUGCAGAAUAAAGGCAUCUUCACCAAGGUUAAUGGCUGCAUUAGCACUGGCAAAGAAGCUAAUGUGUACAAUUCUGCUAGUGACGCUGGUGACCGAGCCAUCAAGGUCUAUAAGACAUCUAUUUUGGCAUUUAAGGACCGCUCCAAAUAUGUUACCGGAGACUUCAGGUUCCGACGCGGCUAUUGCAAGACCAACCCCCGCAAAAUGGUGAAGAUGUGGGCUGAGAAGGAGCUGAGAAAUCUUCUGAGAAUGAGACAGGCAGGCAUUCCUUGUCCUGAGCCUAUUCUUGUGAGGAACCAUGUCCUAGUCAUGGAGUUCCUUGGCGUGAAUGGCUGGCCCUCGCCGCGACUGAAGGACGCUAAAGAUGUGUCAGAAAAUGGGUGGAGUCAACUCUACCAGGAAUGUAUCGAGCUUAUGAGGAAAAUGUACCAUAAGUGUCGCCUCAUCCAUGCCGAUUUGAGCGAGUUCAAUAUGCUGUAUCACCAGGGUCAACUGUUCAUCAUUGAUGUGUCUCAGUCGGUGGAGCAUGACCAUCCUCAGGCUAUGGUGUUCUUGCGCAUGGACUGUGUCAAUGUCACAGAUUUCUUUGUGAAGAAGGAAGUAUGCUGUAUGUCGUACAAGGAAUUGUUCAAUUUCGUCACGGACCUGUCCAUAAACGAGGAUAACAUGGCGGCCUAUUUAGAAAAGGCCGAGGAAAAGGCUACGCAGAGAAGUGAAGAAGGCGGCCAGACUGCAAAGGAUCAGGUCGACGAAGAAGUCUUCAAGCAAGUAUUCAUUCCACGAACGUUGGAUCAAGUUCCCAACAUGGAGCGCGACCUCUAUCAUCCGGACCGUGAUAGUCUAGACACGCUUGCGUAUCAAACCGUGACUGGCUUGAAGUCGGACCUGUCAGGAGCUGUUGAGAAUUACGGUAGCAGCAGAUCUGCCAGUGAUGGUGACUCCGAUAGUGAGGAAGAUGACGACGACAGCCAGACAGGCAGCAACUCUAACAGCGAAGAUGAUGACAAAGAUGAUGACCGACCCAAAGCUAACCGUCGGUCAAAAGGGUCCAAGGCUGAUGCCGAAGGUGUUGAAACGCGCAAGGAACAUAAGAAGAAAGUUAAGGAGGAGCAGCGUGAGAAGCGCAAAACUAAAAAACCCAAGUCCGACAAGAAGCGCCAGAAGAAAGUCGCGUCUCGUCGACGAGGUCACUAAGCGUAACAGCAUGCCACAUAGAACCUCACAGGCAGUGCAUGUGUCCUGCACUCUCUUGUACAAAUGUGCAUGUGCGCGUAGCUCGUUCUGCGUCUUUCUUCCUGCGCUGAACGUCUCUCUCUGACAUUCUGUACAUAUGUACAUAUGUAUUAUAAUGUUGUUCUUUCUGUUGUCUGGGGCCUUGCGGGCAUCGUCCUUAAGUCUUGCGAGCGAUUCCGGUUCUGUCUUGUUUUGCACAUCUUACAAUGUACAGUACAUGUGCGAUGUGUGUGUUUUAUGAUAAUGUACAUUCAGAUAAUACGUGUCCUGUCUUGAAUUGAUUUGCUAAGCUGUACUUUUUGUUGUUGUACAGAUAGUUUACGUUGAUUAUGACCCUGGUGGCGAUGAUGAAACUCACCUUCCUCUGUA